UGUUUUUCUGCCGGUUGUCGCUCAGUCGCUGCUGCGGAGUUGCUGCAGGGAAGAUGUCGGGUCGCGGGAAGCAGGGCGGCAAGGCGCGGGCCAAGGCCAAGUCGCGCUCGUCGCGGGCCGGGCUGCAGUUCCCCGUGGGCCGCGUGCACCGGCUGCUGCGCAAGGGCAACUACGCGGAGCGCGUGGGCGCGGGCGCGCCGGUGUACCUGGCGGCCGUGCUGGAGUACCUGACGGCCGAGAUCCUGGAGCUGGCGGGCAACGCGGCCCGCGACAACAAGAAGACGCGCAUCAUCCCCCGCCACCUGCAGCUCGCCAUCCGCAACGACGAGGAGCUCAACAAGCUGCUGGGCAAGGUGACGAUCGCGCAGGGCGGCGUGCUGCCCAACAUCCAGGCCGUGCUGCUGCCCAAGAAGACUGACAGCCACAAGGUGAAAGCCAAGUAAAUGCUCGGUGAGGCUCAUCACCAAACAAAGGCUCUUUUCAGAGCCGCCCACAUUCGUCUUAAAGGGCUGAGUCACUGCAUUUUGGUUAUUCAGUCGGAGAAGAGCGGAAUACUUAACUUGCCUUUUGUUCAAGUCUCUUAAUUCUGCUUUUCUUAGUUUCUGUUUCUCUGUUCCUUUUAAGGGAUUGUCUUAAAGGCGGUUUGUUUUUUCUCAAAGAACCCCUGUUUUUAUCACCGACGUGAAUUUCCGUCAUUUAUGCCUCUUUAGAAUUACUUGAUUAAUUUAUGUAUUUACUUUUUCAGAGUUUUAACAGUGGGAUGUAUGGGUUUUUUAGUGGCGGAAAUAUCCCAUAUUCUGGCCAGCCCGCCUCGAGUUUGUUGUGCUUUGUAAGGUACGUGUUAGGAGAUAUCAAUAAAGUCUUAGCAUUCUGUGUUGUUUCCUCUGCGAGCGCUAAAAGGAGAUGAUCUCUGUUGCACCUUCGUGUUUCAAAGAAAGAGAUGAAAGGAAAGCAAAACGUGCAGGAGAAAAAAAAUGAAUAAAAGCCCAGAAUAGUGUUAGGCAGUCCUGGCAGCGGCUUGAACAAAUGGUUCUCAACAGGACGGGUGUUCCCAGCCUCGGGCCCCUGACUGAUCCACUUUUGCUGCCUUUUAACACUCCUGUGUGAGUCCCAGCGGCUUUCCUGGGCAGAAUUGUGGAACACCAGGGAAAGGUUUCAGGCAGGGAGGAAUUGCCGGUGCUCCCAAGGAGCUCUGAUGUGAUUUAGUGGUCACUGGGUUACACUGGAAAGAGCGCGAUCGCUUAAAUUUCGUUAUUCUGGCACUGAUCACUGGAUCCACGCCCUUCUCCCUGUGGUACGGGGAGUUCCGAGCCGGCGCUCGGUUUUGGGAGAAAGCGAGUCGUUCUUGGAAAAGCUGCUGCUCUUACAGCAGGUCACGGUGUUGCUUUAAAGUCAAAUCCCUGCUGGGUUCCGAUCUCCUCCUGGCUUUGUUGCGGCUGCUCCCGGCUCGCUUUCCCCGUGCCUCCCGCGCCGGCUCUGGGCUGCAGCAGCAGCGGCCGCUCGGCCCCAGCGCCUCUGUCUGUGCUGCAGCUGCGGCACCGCAGCGACGGCAGCGGCUCGGAACGCGGCCGCGUCUUUGCCAUCGCUGUCCUCGGUACAGGGAAAGAGAUGCGGCUUGGCACUCGUGACCUGGUGUGUGUGUGUGUGUGCUCGCUGAAUUUCACUUUCCUCAAAGUGAGUGGGUGAUGAAUUCACCCUUCCACAGGGGAAGGAAUUCCUCACUCCCCUCUGUGCCACCUUGUUCCUCAUAAUGAGACUGC